AUGGAUAACUGGAGGGUUGCCGUUCUUGGCGAUGGUGGUGUUGGAAAGACGGCGCUAGCUGUACAGUUUACCCUCAAUUGCUUCACGUAUGAUCCUACGAUAGAAGAUGCGUACCGCAAGCAAUUGGUCGUGGACAACCGGAUGUGUUUUGUGGAAGUUAUCGAUACUGCGGGUCAGGAGGAGUAUGCUACGCUCCGUGACCAAUGGGUACGAGAGGGCCAAGGUUUCAUUUUGGUCUACUCGAUCGCAUCACGCCAGACGUUCGACCGCCUCGAAGUGUUCCGGCAGUCUAUGCUGCGGGUCAAGCGGAGUCGGCCGAUAUUCAUGCUCGUCGGGAACAAGUGUGACAAGUCGUACGAGAGGGAAGUAUCACGAGACGAGGGAGCAGCUAUGGCUCGGAACUUCGGAUGCGGCUUCCUGGAGACGUCCGCGAAGACGGCGUACAAUGUGGAAACCCUGUUCACGAAUCUCGUUCGGGCACUACGACAGACAAAACAGGAGCCAGGCACACCGCCAACUCCUGCAAUUACCAAAGCGCCGGAGGAGAAGAAGAAGUCGAGAAAGUGUAUUAUCUUAUAG